AUGGACGUGAAGGCAGAGGCAGCUGAAGCCAAGCCCGAUGAUGCGGGCUCGCAAGUAUGUGGGGUGGGGCCGAGCCCGGCCAUCGUGCAAAACCUCAAGGAGAAGGUCGAGCUGGCUUUCUUGGAGGCCACCAAAGAUGCUCACAUCGGCGACAUGAUGUCGCGGUGGUUCCCCCUGACGCUGGAAGGCCAAAGUGAGUUUGCGAAGGUCAUGCUGCAUUAUGUGGGCCUCCCCGCAGUGGCCCAGCAUGUGCAGCCCCACCGGGCGAUCAACCACAUUCCUGCAGACUCCAAGACGGACAUGUGGCUUAAUCCCUGGAUGAUCGAUUACUCACGCCAGUGCAAGUACGGUGAGAGCAGCAAGUACCCGGACAUGUGCACAUUGCGGGUUCACUUUUUCUCGAUCCUGGCUGCCGGCUUCGAAGCUUCGAGAGAGCCUCUCGAUGUGAGGUUUGUUUCCGAGAAAGGUUCCCUGCCCUUGGUAGACGGCAUCGAGCUGUUCAGUGUGAAGCUUGUCGACGGCUUUACGAAAAGCCUGUGCGUCCAGGCUAUCUUCGCACUCCUCAGCAAGCUGGACUACUUGGUUGACGUGACUGCGGAGGACUUAAGCGAGGACGAGAGCAUGGCAACUUGCGUGGCCACUCUGAAGUAUCUUAAGGGCAACUUCAAGCGCCACGACCGCGAGGAGGAGUACCUCUAUGAUGCUCUUGCGCUGACCCAGCGGACUGGAGAGAAACAGCAGGCCAGUCCGAUGGAGUUGGUCUCUGUGUUCAGCGAGGCAGUUCGUUUGAAGAAGAAGACCAUCGGUGCCAAAUCAACCCGCGACCUUCUCAACCUCUGUGUCCAAGAUUACAAUAAGGGGCAGAAGCUCAAGCAGGAAACCGUGAAGAUCAUCUACAAUGUUUUGCGAU